AUGCUGUCUGCUAAACUUUUGUCAUCCUCUAAGAGCGAACAGCGCCCUGUAACCGCUCAGUAUAUAACUGAUAUACUCACCAGUUCGUCCUCAUUUGAUUCCAGUGAAUUGAUCAGGCACAUUCUUGAAGAUGUGCAGAAGAAAUCUUCCAAGCAUAAGUUUUUGGUGAAUGUUACGAAGAUAACCAGUAGCGACGAUAGUGAGUGUAGUGCCGCUUCGAACUUUGGAGCUGUAUGGGACAGCGAAAAGGACGGGUACUAUAGUUUUGAAGUACUGCUGGAGGAGCACAAGUCUACCAUUGUUUCGAUAUAUUGGGUCUAUAUAAGCUGA